AUGCAUCGGUUUGAGGACAGCGAGCCACCGACACCACCAUCACCACCACCAGAAGGUGGUUACGUCUGCAACGAGGGUGCAACGGUGGUAUUUGGAGAUGUGCCGAGCUUCUCCGAGCCGAUCGGCAACGUGACCGCCGCUAUCGGCAAAGAGGUCGCCCUCUCCUGUACCAUCAGGAAAGUGGGAAAUUACAAGGUGGGAUGGCUGCGUGCUGAAGACCAGACGAUUCUAUCAAUGGGCGAUCGUAAGGUUAUCCAGUCGACUCGAUUCUUCGUCACUCUGGAGAACGCCAAGACGAAGAACCAGACACAGUCGCGGGAGGACGAGGAGGCCACUUGGCAGCUGCAUAUUCGGGGGCUGAAGGAGGCCGAUCGUGGCUGCUACAUGUGCCAACUCAACACCAAGCCUAUGUUGAGCCAGCUGGGAUGCGUGGAUGUCCUAGGUAUGCCUAAUUGCACGCGUACGUCGCAUUCCGGCCAACCGGCCAGGUUUGCGGCUGUUGGCAGAGACGUCACGUACGCAUGCACGCACGCACCGCGUUUCGAUUAGGCGAGGUCGGCUUUAGGGCCGGAAAAUAUGCUGCCGCCUGACAUUUUGAGUUCCGGCACCUCGGACGGCGAGGUAUCCGUUCUCGAGGGUGAGAACGCUACUUUGUCGUGCAAGGCGUCCGGACGGCCACCGCCUCGCGUGUUCUGGCGACGCGAGAAAAGUGAUUUCAUACUCGUUAGGGGUGUUCACGAUCCGUUGACACAAGUGGACAACCUGUCCGGCGAGAGGCUAGAAUUAACCAGGGUAGACAGGAGGCAAAUGGGGGCUUAUCUUUGCAUAGCUAGAAACGAAGUGCCUCCGGCGGUCAGCAAGAGGGUUAAUCUAAAAGUAAAUUUCCCUCCUAGCGCUAAAGCACCCAAUCAACUGCUCAGUUCUCCCUUGGAUACAAACGUGUCGCUAAUCUGCUUAAUCGAGGCUUAUCCCAAGACGAUUAACUUGUGGAUGCGGAAGGAGCAAGUUAUCAUGAGCGGAGGUAGAUACGAAAUCGACGAGCAAGGGGACCCCGACGAGGAAUGGAAGACGACGAUCGUGUUGAAGAUAAGACGCUUGGAGAAAACGGAUUUGGGUGAAUACACGUGCUCAGCCUCCUCAAGUAUGGGAAAAGCUGAGGCGACUCUCAGAGUAUACGAGAUCGAGCGCGCAACCGUGCCCAAUCGCAUCACCUCGACCAACUCGAAACGACUGAACCGAGGCAAGUCAAAGUCCGGGCAAGGGACGAUGGUCAAUCGGGUUUUCCAUCAGCAGGUGAGCACGCCGGCGAUGCAGAAGAGCACCGCGCGAUUGAUUUACAACAACAGGUACAUGACCACGUCGACCACCGCGGAUCCUCGCGCUCCCUUAAUCAAGGACCAGGGUAAUGCCUUCAAGCAUAAUAACCGCAACGAUAACCACCAGAAUCUCAAGGAUCGGAGCGACGCGUCCGCGAUCAUCACCAGUAAGCAGGUCGUUUUGCCGCUCUGUCUCGUAUUGUUCUCGAUAGUGCGAUAAGACCCUUCCGGUGGCGAUGUGCUUUGUACCUAUCGAGAUGGGACUAAUGCACUGCGACAAGCGUAGGUUGCGGUAAUACCAGUGGAAAACGUCGAGGAAAUCCACGGACGACUCUUUGUCAUGGACAUGCAAGCUUCUAAUGUGUAUACUUCCAUCCCUGGAUUUCCUGAACAACUAGGAAUGGUAUGGAUGGGAGAUAUGAUGUUAGGGGAACCCGCACACGAACUGAUGCUGGAUCCUCGUCAAAGUGAGAGUCCAUUUUUCUCACAUGGGUCACAUCCCUAUGAAGAUCUCAGAAAUCAUCUUGCUUCUACUACUAUGGUACGCUAUAUACCGCAACAGUUUUCAAACGAGUGUUCGGAACCUGAUGAAGCAAUGGAAGCUGUAGAUACCCAUGAGAUACAGCAAGAUUAUGAUUCACAGUCCGAAAGGCCUGAGAUAAAUGAAUAUUUGACAUUAGAAGAUUACAUAGGUGAUGAAGAACGGGAACAUAUUGUGAGCAAUGCAGCGACUCAGACUACCCAAGACAAUCGCAGUCGGAAAAUAAAACCUAUAAAGCAUCCAGGACUUGUUUUAAAAACGCCAAUUGCUUAUCAACCUCAUACCGAUUUAAAUUUUAUUCCUAUUCGCAAAGAUGGUAUAGCUGUUUGUGAAAAAUGCGGUGCUAUUGGUGUAAAACAUGCUUUUUAUACAAAGGAGCGUAGAUUUUGCAGUAGAGCAUGUGCACGUUCUUCAGAAUUUACAGCACUUCUUGCUGACUCCACAUAUAGUCCAACUCACUCAAUGGAUCAUCCAAUAUCUGUGAACCAAACUUCUUCUAUUGAAACAAAACCGACGGAUGUUGUUAUAAAAGAAGAGUUAGAAGGAUUUACAGAAUCAGAAAAGGACAAGGUUAAAUUAGAGCCAGUAAUGCCAGAGGAUUUACCGGUUAGAAGAAAAAGAACAGCAGAAAUGGCAGGUUCUUACGACUGGACAUCACAGCUUGUUGAAUAGAUAUAAUGUUUGUUAUAUUAUCAACUUUUUUUUUAGGCUCCUAUAUCAGAGAUCUGGGAUAAUAUCACAGUAGGUAUGAAAGUAGAGGUAGAAAAUACCGACUGUGAUGAAGUAUGUGAGGCUUUCCCAGAUUCGUUUUGGGUUGCGACUGUAUUACGUAUAUGUGGAUACAGAGCUUUGUUAAGGUAUGAAGGUUUUGGACAUAAUGCAGAUAAAGAUUUUUGGGUGUCACUUUGUUCUAAUGAUAUACAUCCUGUUGGCUGGUGUGCCACAAUUGGAAAACCUCUUAUUCCACCUAACACAAUCGCAAACAAAUACAAAGAUUGGAAGGACUUUUUAAUGAGGCGAUUAACCGGUGCGAGGACAUUACCAACAAAUUUCUAUAAUAAAGUGAAUGAUAGUAUGAAAUCUCGUUUUCGAUGUGGUCUUCAUUUAGAAGUGGUCGAUAAAAACAGAAUCUCACAAGUGAAAGUAGCGACAAUACAAAAAAUUGUUGGUAAACGUUUGCACGUAAGAUAUUACGAUUCACCUCCGGAGGAUAAUGGAUUUUGGUGUCACGAAGACUCGCCUCUUAUACAUCCCGUUGGCUGGGCUAAGAAAGUAGGCCAGAUGCUAGAUGCGUAUCCCGAGUAUUUGAAUCGUGUUUCUAAAUCAAAAUUAUCUGAAGACGAUGCAACGGAGAAUCUUUUUCAUGUGCCAAAGAAUCAUCACAUUCAUCUCGCAUACAAGUUUAAGGAAGGAAUGAAAAUAGAAGCCAUCGAUCCACUCAAUCUUUCGGCUAUAUGCGCGGCGACAGUUAUGCAAGUUUUAGAAAAAGAUUACAUCAUGAUUCGCAUCGACAGUUAUGAUGCAGACGCUAGCGGUGCUGAUUGGUUUUGUUACCAUUCGUGUUCGCCAUGCAUUUUUCCAGUUGGUUUUUGUUCCCAACACGGUCUACCUUUAACGCCUCCAAAGGGUUACGAUCCUACCACUUUUACAUGGGAUGCAUAUCUAACAGAGACCAAUACUAUACCUGCUCCUAUUCAGUUAUUUAACUGGGAAAUUCCUCAGCAUGGGUUUAUUGAAGGAAUGAGAUUAGAAGCUGCUGAUUUAAUGGAUCCUAGAUUAGUUUGCGUUGCUACUAUUACUAGGGUGAUUGGCAGAUUAUUGCGAGUACAUUUUGAUGGCUGGGAAGACGAAUAUGAUCAAUGGUUAGAUUGUCAAAGUCCAGAUAUUUAUCCUGUUGGGUGGUGUGAUCUUGUCGAUCAUAAAUUGGAAGGGCCGCGUGUACUCGUAAAAAACAUUAGUCCUACUGUAAAAUCACCAAGAGGCCUUAAACGUAAAGCUAAGAGAAAAUUGAAGAAAAGUAGCAAGAUGUCUUGCUCCAAAAGUAUACUACCUCGUCAGAGCGAACGUAUUAGUAUGUCUCGUGAACGUGGGCGAGAAUUAGAACCUGCUCAAGGAACAAAAAUUGAAAGAGAACGUGAUCUCGAAAGUUUACCGGAACAGAGAAGCAGAGAACCAGAAACAGCACAAGAGCCAGCUGGACCUGACCAAACUUUACCCAGUCCUACUACUGGACAAGGUCAAGCAUUGAACGAUACGCAAAGUGAAGCACACAGCCCUUCACCACCUAAGGAAAAUACCGCUACGUCAUAUAUAAAUGUUACUACGGCAACUACUAAAUAUAUACCAAGGUUAGCAAAUGGUGUGCAAAAAGGUUCGGAAUCUGGUGAUCUAGUGCCAUCUGAGUGGAAUGUUUUUGAUGUUGCACAAUUUCUUCGAGUGAAUGACUGUGCGACAUAUUGCGAUAAUUUUAGUAAACGUAAAAUAGAUGGAAAGACUUUGCUGAUUCUCACUAAGGACCAAAUAAUAGACCUAACAGGUUUUAAAGUUGGACCUUCUCUAAAAAUAUUUGAUUUAAUUCAGCAAUUAAAAAUCAAAGUGAAUCCAGCUCAGGAAAGGUUGAAACUAGGAUUGAAGAAAUUAUUAUAA